GACACUAAAUAAAGUUGUGGUGGUAGAAAACACUACAGAUGAGAUCCAAGAGCAGUUAGAAUGAAUGAAGCAUGGUGGAGGUCAGUGUGCUGUGGGUAUGGCAGGCGGCCUCUCAGUGUUAGUGGUGUAGAAGUGAAGUGGUGGGCAGACGCGCGUCACGCAACCAGCGCGGUGAACAGCGGAGCAGCGCAGCGCCGGAGCGAGUGCUAAAUACAGCGCAAAAUACAAAAUACACUACAGAGUCUGGACUGAGCCGACAACCACGUCAACUCAGAAAGAAAUACAAACAAAAGAGAACGCGCAACUUGCGCCUAUCAGAAGUACAGCGGCGCAACGCGCUCUCAGUCGGUAACAUGCCUGCCGUCAAAAAGGAGCGUCUGGACGGAGAAGAUAUGGCACUUGGUGCGUUCGCGCAGCCGGAAUACCUGGCUCCUUUAAACACGGCUGCCAUCCCGGUGGUGACCCCUCAUCCUCCGCCGCCCUACGACCACCUCUUCACCCAUCCGCGCGCCUACCUGCACCGGCACGCCGACGACCUGAUGCUGGAGAGGUUCUCAUCCAUCCCGGAUUUUCAGCCGUUUUUCGAUAACGGAGAGCCCUGCAUCGAGGUGGAGUGCGGCGAAAACAAGGCUCUGUUGUAUAUUAACAAACUGUGCCAGGGCAGCAAGGGUCCUUCUAUUAAACACCGUGGUGAGUGGCUUACCCCCAACGAGUUUCAGUUCGUCAGCGGCAGGGAGACCGCCAAGGACUGGAAGCGCAGUAUACGCCACAAAGGCAAAAGUCUGAAGACGCUUAUGUCCAAAGGAAUCUUACAGGUGCAUCCUCCAAUCUGUGACUGCCCCGGUUGUCGGAUUUCAUCUCCAGUAAACCGUGGGCGUCUGGCAGAGAAGCGCACCAUCCCUCUACCGCCAACCCGCGUGCCCAAGAAGGAGCUGGUCUCAGUCUUCAGCAGUGACGAAAGCGAGGGAGGUGAAAGGUUCAGUGUUGACCAUGCAGACAUCAAACAAGAAGAAGAUCUUCACUACAGUGCCAUGAGAAAGAGCCGUGACAGUGACCUCACAACGAUCAUCUCCAACCUGCACCACAGCCGACAGCACGGCAUGCCCGACAGCCAGCCGUGCUCUGACCUCAGUUCCACCUCCACACACUCAGAUGACGUUUUAGGCAAGAAGAGAGCCUACUCUCCCAGCAGCAGCAGCGAGUGCCCGUCCGAGAGCAAGAAGUCGCGCAGCGUGUCGCCCAAAGAAAACUCACACACCCCUGCACUGGACCUGGGAAGUCACAUGACCACUGAGGAACACUACAGGCGGAUGAUGUCAGCGCUGAACGAGCACGGCUCAUACGAAGAGCAGCAACAGCGCCUCUACCAACUCGCCAGCAGUAUGGGCGUUCCCAGUCACGAAAUUCUUCGUUUGCGUCAGGAGGCUCUAAGUGCGGUGAGAAACCCAGGAGCCUUGGAGGCCCACCUGCCCUCUGCAGGCAGCUCUUCCAGCCAGCGGCGGAAACAAGGCCUGCCCCAGCACAGGGAUGCACACUUCAGUGAGAGAGAAUUAUCCCAUCCUCCUCCACUGCUGUCACCGCAGAACGCCCCACACAUCGCCCUGGGUCAUCAUCUUCGGCCGCCCUUUCUGGGCAUUCCCUCUGCCCUCUGCCAAACACCAGCGUAUGGCUUCCUGCAGCCUGUUCAAGCUGAGAUGUUCGCUCGUCAGCAGGAGAUGCUUCGCAAACAGAACCUUGCCAGGUUGGAGAUGUCAGCCGAACUUCUGAGACAGAAAGAGCUGGAGAACAUACAGCGACAACGUCUGCUCGCCGAGCCGCUGGCUCUCCACCCCGGUUUGCCUGCCGAGCACCCGGCCCUGCGCAGCCUUCACGAAAUGCCGGACGACGUCGCCCGCCGCAACGCUAUGCUCCUCCUGCGCCACAGCAACGCGCCCUUACUCUCACUCAGCCAGGGGAUGACGGUGAGCAGCGCAUUUAAAGAGUCUGCCAGCCGCAGGAACUCGAAGAAAGGCGGCUCGUCGAGAGGAGACGGCUCAUACCAGUCCAAGGAGACGCCGGGAUUAGACACAGACGGACACGACGAAGACAUGAAAGACUCGGAUAGUGACGCUGAGACGGCCGAGGACUGGCCGGAGGGACUGUCUAAAGCAGAUGGGCACAGCCUGAACUCUAAAGUUUGCCAAAGCAAGGACACUGCCAAACCCAGUGAGGCAUCGAAGGAGCUCGGGGAAAGCUCAGGCAGGCUCAGCGGCCCCUGCAGCUCUGUAGCACCAGAAUCACCUGGCCAUCAUCUCUUCACUCCGGGACUGAGCAAAAGCGAAGCCAAGUAUCUCCCACCAGGAGCACUGCCCCCCUUUCCCCUGCUGCCGGGACAGACGCUGCCCUUUGGCUUCCCGUACACCAGCCCGUACUUUCAAGCUGGCGCCAUGGGAGGUCUGUUUGUGGACGGGGAGGAGGCGAUGGCAGUGGAGGACAUCAGCAAGUGGAGUGUGGAAGAGGUAUUUCGGGAGCAGGCUAUCGAUGGAGAGACACUAGCUCUCCUUACAGAAGAGCACCUGCUCAAUCACAUGGGGUUAAAAUUGGGCCCGGCCCUUAAAAUCCGCUCUCAGGUGGCCCGGCGGACUGGCAGAAUAUUCUACAUGACCAGCUUCCCGCUGGCUCUCCCACUGGCCCCACCUGCUCUGCGGCCACUGGACCGAGACCCUCUCACUUCAGAGACUCGGCCGCCCUCGACCCGUAGCACCUCCUCUCCCUUCAGCACUCCGUCGGCCUGCCGCACUUUGCCAAAGCAGGAGAACGGAAACCCCCCUGCUGGGUCAGCUUACGACUCUGCUAAAGCUCCCUCGUAGAGACGGCCAUUAAAACUCAGACGGCUUCUCUGUACGGCUAGAGAAGCUUUACAGGAAGGAGACAGACAUGGAAGGGGGAAGGGCAGAACGGAUGUCUUUGAACUAUUCUUUCUUCCUUUCACCCCUCUCUCGAAAUCAAAAAAACUUGAGGACCUUUAUUCUGAGGCACUUAGAACGUGGUGAGAAUUGUACAGAGCGUAAAAAAUGCAAGACCGAACAGCUCCACCCAGCGCAGCGGCUGCAAAUACGCCAAAUCCAAAGAUGAGCGAAUGGAGUCUGGGGACGAGACAGGAAGCAACAGUGUGUUUGUGUGUACUUGUGUGUACGUGUGAGUGUGUGUGCGAGAAGGACGUGAGCAGACAGCAGCGCUUCAACUUCGUACAAGAGAAAGGAAAAGCCACAAACGCAUCGUUCUUUUGUGACAGCCAGACAGACAGGCCGACCCUGCCUGCCCUGCCUGAACUCUGUAGUACCCGACCCCUUCGGAAAUCAAAAGCCCAUUCAUUUAGCUCUUUUCUGUCCCGGCUUCCAGCUGUUUCAAAUCCUCUGGAAUGAAUCUGGUUCGGAGAGUUCUCUGACAGAGGAGCGGAUCCAAACGCCGCGAGGAAACUCAUUUGCUUUUCAUCAGUUCAACUAUGCAUUCCACAGUCCAGUACCAAAGAUGAAUGGACACGUGGAAUUAUAGAUGAUAACCUGUCAUUAACCUGUUUACACUGAAUUCACCUGGAACUGACAGACAAGGUACACACGAGCGGAUUCUGGGCUCUGUAGAGGACAGUGAGAAGAGUCAUGUGAUCAAAUGAGAGAUACAGAGCACUUAAGACUCUUCCAACCAAAAGCCAUCGUGUGAAUCAACUGCAGAGUUAAAACGACUCUCUGACUUCCUGGGGCCUCAUUUAUAAAGAGCUAAAUAAAAUAUUUCUCAUUAUGGACUUUCUUAAAGUUUCUAUUAAUAAUUUAUAAGGCCUGUUUAUUAAUUUCAACUCUUAUUUUAAUGCACGCUUAAUAAACAUACU